AUGGUCAGAGCCAGGUGGACACGUGUCCUGGACGAGCAGAGAGUCAAAAGAUCAUCCCAUGCCGUAACUGUGAUUGGCAGCAAUGCCUAUAUUUACGGCGGAGAAAUCAACCCGCGUAAGCCUGUUAAUUCGGACAUCCACACGGUCCGCCUCGCCGAGGUUCAGAACGAUGAGGGUUUGGUGUCAAAGAUCGCCUCAUCAAGCUCUGGUCCAUCGCCCCGGGUUGGAGUCCUCUCAACGGCCGUGAAUGGGAAACUGUACGUUUUCUCCGGACGAGGAGGAAUAGCUAUGAGUCCAAUUGAGGAGAAAGGCUCGCUGUGGGUUUUCGAUCCAGCCGAAGAACAAUGGGCGUCCGUUGGCCCCCAAGACGAAACUCUACCACAUCCCCAAGGUCGAAGCUAUUACGCCCUUACAUCCGAUGGUCAUGACACUAUUUUCCUCCAUGCUGGCUGUCCAGAAAAGGGUAGACUUUGCGAUCUUUGGUCAUUCCAAAUUGAAGAUCGGGUAUGGAACCGGUUGGCUGAUGCUCCAGAACCUGCCCGAGGAGGCCCCUCUAUUGCGUUCGCGGGUGGCAAGUUGUACCGCAUGAACGGUUUCGAUGGGAAGACUGAACAAGGUGGCAACGUCGAUAUAUAUGAUGUCGCCAAUGACAUUUGGACAACUGUGCCAUACGGCGCAGAUGGCCGUUCGGGUCCGACAGCGCGGAGUGUGGGCUGCCUUGUGCCAACCAGAGUGUCUGAGCAAUCGGUUCUGGUCACCAUGUUUGGUGAGAGUGACCCCAGCAACCUUGGCCAUCAAGGCGCGGGGAAAAUGCUUGACGACGUCUGGGUUUUCCAUCUCGAUACAUCGACCUGGACUAAGGUGGACGUGCCCGAUUCAGAUCGGCCUGCUGCACGGGGGUGGUUCGAUGCUGAUGUCUUGCAGAGCUCGCCAAUGCCAAAGGUUGUGAUCCACGGAGGCCUUGCGGAAUCUAAUGAGCGACUCGGGGACCUCUGGACCCUGGAACUGAUUGAUUGA